AACUCGCAUUCAAAACAACUUUUGUUGUCAGAGAUCAAACACGUCAUGGAGUUUGUAGGAGAAAUAGAAAAUCUAAGUGACAUUCAGAGGAAAGCUGUGGAAAAGGCUCUUGAGAAACUUGACCAUGGAGGUGGACCAGUCACCGUCGAGACAGUCGGGAAGAAAGGAGACAACUACGUAGCUUCAGUCCUACGAAUCAAAGCAGACACGAAGGAUGGAAGGCCAAUCAGAAUGGUCGCAAAAGUCGCUCCGACCAAUGAAGUGUUGCGUUUGAUGAUUCAAGCAGCAAAGUUGUUCUCAAACGAAACUAUAAUGUACGAGGAGGUUUUGCCGAAAUUCGAUGAGCUCCAAAACGCAGCCGAUGUCCCUCCACACGACCGCAUACCUCGCGCCAAGUGCUAUGGUACUGUCAGUGAUGAGCUCAACGAACUAAUAUUGCUCGAAGACCUCAAAGAAAGAGAUUUAGAAAUGCGAGACAGAAUGGUUUCCUUAACAAAUGAUGAGGUCAGAAUGGCUUUGAAACAACUGGCUCAAAUACAUGCUUUGUCAUUCGCGCUGCAAGAAAAGGAACCUGAAUUGCAUAAAAAGUACGCAAACUUAUUAUUUGACACGUGGAGUCAACCGCAGAAUGAAGAUAUGAAGAAAUCUUUCGUAGCUUUAGAGCAAAUGCUACUUGGAUUCCUGAAGUCAGAUGAAGACAAGAAACGCGCUCAGGGCGCUGUCAGUAAUAUUGGUGAAGUGGCAGAGAAUUUGAAAAAAUCUAAUGAGAAUGGAAAAUAUUCCGUUAUUCUACAAGGAGAUUGCUGGGCUAACAACAUCAUGUUUAGACUGCAGGAGGGAAAAUCGGUGGAGUGUAUGAUGAUAGACUACCAGCUGUCAAGACUGUCCUCCCCUGUCGUGGACAUCCUGUAUCUCAUCUUCAACUGCACAGACCUGGCCACGAGGAAGGACCACUACCACGACUGGCUCGACCAUUACUACAAAGUACUCGACGACUCCUUAUUCCACUACAAUUUGAAGUCCAGCUUCGUUUACCCGAGGGACAAAAUGGAUGCGGAUUUGAAGCGAUACGGGAAGUUCUGUCUAGGGUUGUCACUGGUGCUCGCGAGUGUCAUUUUCAGAGAGUCUGAUGAGGCGUUUGAUUUAUCGGAUAUUCAGGACCAAGCUGCCUUGGAGGCGGACCCUGGUGGUAUGGGCAUGAUGAAGCAAGGAACCCUAGUGAGGGUGGCUCGGCGGGUCCAGGAUCUGGUUGAUAGUUUUAUCGCUUACGGAUACUUGUGAUGUUAUUUUUAUAAUUUUAUCGUAAAUAUAAACUUUGAUAUGCUGUUGA